UUUUUUUUUUAAUUUCUUGACUUGCCAUGACUUGCUCAAUUAAGCCAGUUGAAGGGGCCAAUUUAGUGGUUACUCAGAACCAGCCCUAGCCGGUUUUUGAGGUCGGUUCGAUGUUUCUAAGACUGAUUGUAAGUCAGAUAAAGGUUUCUCUCUCUAGACCAAUAAAAGAGCAUGCAUAGAGGGUGAUUUGGUUACGCAGUUAAUGCAGGUCAAGUUUGGCGUUGUGUUUGUGUUCCGGUCUUUUCCGCCCACUCAACCACUUUCUCGAUCAUAUCUCGACCUUCCUUUUCUUUUCCUUUAUUAGAAAAUGUCAUUCCUCCACUCGCCUGUUGUUUCUCCACAUUUUUUAUCUUUUCAUUGACUGAAUGAGAGUGGAAUUGGAACGAAGGAGCCCCUGCUGAACUCAUCCCAGAUGCACCUCUCUCUGUCUCCUCAAGACCCAGUCCCUUCUAACCGUCCUUAUUUCUAUAUAAAAACCCAACCGCUUCUAAGCAUCAACAUCUCUCUCUUCUUGUAAAAGAGCCAACCUCCUUCUGAAAGUACCAAUAUCGAAUUAUGAGUACGGUGGAAGUGGAUGAAGAAGCUCAACAAUACCAAGAAAUUCACCAUGCAACAGGCACCAGCUUCUCCAAGACUUGCUUCAAUAUGCUCAAUGCUUUAUCUGGAGUUGGGAUCGUAGUAAUUCCAUAUGCAUUAUCACAAGGUGGCUGGGCAUGCUUGGGACUUCUUGUGCUAUUGGCUAUCAUCUUCUAUUAUACAGGCCUACUCCUUCAGCGUUGCAUGAGCAUGGACCCUCACAUCAAAUGCUACCCAGACAUAGGCUAUCUUGCCUUUGGUCCCAAAGGCAAAAUCUUCAUCUCGACAUUUAUCUAUCUUCAACUAUUCUUACUUGACAUAGGUUUCUUGAUAUUAGCAGGUGACAGUUUAGCUAAAUUGUUUCCUAACUUUGGCUACAAAAUUGGGGGUUGGAAAAUAGAAGGAAGCAAGGCAUUUGUUAUUUUAUCAGCCAUGGUUGUUCUCCCUACUACUUGGCUAAAAAGCUUAGGGAGAUUGGCCUAUGUAUCAGCAACCGGUGUUUUUGCUUGUGUAGUUGUGAUAGGUGCAGUUAUAUGGGUUGGUCUAUUUGGUGGGAUUGGGUUUCAUGAGAAAGGAAAACCUCUAAAUUUAAGUGGCAUACCAAUGGCAGCUAGCAUUUAUGCUUUGUGUUUCAAUGGACAUGGUGUUCUCCCUACCAUUAUUGGAUCAAUGAAAGAUAGGAGCAAGGGUCCAAAGGUGCUGACCAUUUCCUUCAUCACUUGUGCAGUGGCUUAUACAUUGAUGUCGAUACUCAGUUACUUAAUGUUUGGGGGCCAAAUAAAAUCGCAAAUUACUCUUAAUCUCCCUGUUAAAAAUUUUAGCUCAAAGAUUGCAAUUUAUGUUGUUGUUAUACUUCCAUUAUCGAAAUAUGCACUAGCCAUGACUCCUGUUGCGGCUGCUAUCGAAGAGAUAUUUCCUCUUUGCAAGAAGAGUGUGGUGAGUUUGUCAUUAAGGACAUUGAUGGUGGCUAUCACAAUCAUAAUUGCUCUAACAUUUCCAUUUUUCGGGUCCAUGAUGGCGUUUAUCGGAUCAUUUCUUGGCAGCACCAUUGCUCUAAUUCUACCAUGUAUUUGCUACCUGAAGAUCUUUGAGGGCACAAAGAGUUGCAGAGUUGAGAAAGUUAUAGUGAUGGGGAUUCUAAUGUUAGGUUUUUGCAUUGCAACUCUUGGGACUUAUUUCAAUGUCAAGCGCAUUGUGCAACAAAUGUAAA